UAACCUCGACCAGUAUCGUGUACGUGCUUACCGCGCAACGAUGUCUGUGACGGUGAAGUCUCUCGCGGCGAUAACCGUACUGCUAGUACUAGUGGCGGUUCCCCUUAUCUCGGCGGAUAACAUUCUCUUCCUGCAAUCGCUGGCGUCCAAGAGUCAUCACAUCUGGAACAAGCAGAUCUUCGAGCGGCUGUACGACAAUGGGCACAACUUGACGAUUCUGUCGUUCGAGGAGGAACCGUCGGUUCCCGGGAAGACGUUUCUGAUGGUGCGUGGUUUGAUGGACAGAGUGAACGCCGAGUACGGAGAAUUCGAAUGGGAUGUGACCGUGGAGAUGAGUCCGAUCGCCAAUGUGUUCUUCUUGUACGAUUUUUACGAACGCGCGAGUCGACAUUUGGCCCAGGAGGAAGCCAUCCACAGGUUGUUGGCGUACCCGAGAAGCUUCAAGUUUGACCUGAUCAUCCAUGACUUUACCAUGGGACACUUCUUGCUGGGAUUCGUCGACUACUUCGGGAAUCCCCCGCUGGUCUCCGUCACGGCGUUCAAUAUCCCAUCUCACACUCCGGACCUCUCGGAUGCUCCGGUUCACCCCUCGUACAUGCCGCACUACGCGUCCAGCUUCGGCAGUCAGAUGAGCAUUGUCGAACGAGCCAAAAACACCCUGUACUGGACGCUCGAUCACGUGUGCCGCAACUACAUCUACAUGACCAGCGAAGAUCGUCGCGUGAAGCAACUGUUCGGUCCGGAUGCUCCCUCCGUCAAGGAUGUCGAAAAACGCUCGGACAUCAUCCUCGUGAACGGGCACUUCAGCAUGGACUACUACCAGCUGCUACCGCCUAACGUCAUCUCCGUGGCCGGGCUGCACGUGUCACGCAGCGAGGAGGUUCCCCCGAUCGUCAAACAGUUCAUCGCACGCGCCAACAAGGGAGCCGUACUGUUCAGCUUCGGAACCAACAUCCAGAGCGAGAUGCUCGGUCCGGAUGUCAACAAGCAGAUCCUCGCGGCGUUCCGAUCGAUGCCGGAGUACGGAUUCAUCUGGAAGCACGGUGAUCCGUUGUCGCUUGGGGUGGUUCCUCCUAACGUGCUGGUUUUAAAAUGGGUUCCGCAAUCGGCUAUCCUGGCCAACCCUCGCACGAAACUGUUCAUCAGCCACGGGGGUCUGCUGAGCACUCAGGAAGCUACCUGGCACGGCGUUCCCGUAGUAGCGGUUCCCUUCUUUGUCGAUCAGUACGCGAAUGCGGACAAGCUGGUACGGGCCGGUGUAGCGACCAAGCUGCUUCCAAAGGACGUUAACGAAAAGACUCUAAAAGAGGCAAUUUUAAGAGUUGUUGAAGAUCCCAGCUGUCGCAGCAAGAUGAAGGAACGAUCGUACCACUUCAAAGGACAGCCCGAUCAUCCGCUGGAUCGAGCCAUCUUCUGGAUCGAGAAGGUUCUGGAGAACAAAGGUCUCGCAUACCUGCGAUCUCCGACGCUGGAGAUGAGCGUGAUCCAGACGUACAAUCUGGACCUGCUCGGAGCAGUCGCGCUUGCGGCAUUCUUAUUUUACGUGAUGCUUGGAAAGAUUCUGGGAUGCCUAGCUCCCAAAACAAAGAAAAGAAAAACGAAGAGUAAAACUACCUAAACGUGUCCAGUA